UGUGCAUUGUGCAGGUAUGUUUUAGCUAUGAGUAAGCUUUCGAUGCUUGUCUGUGCAUGGGUAACAUAGAGCACACCGAAAAAUUCAUUUCGUAAUACCAAAAACAGGGCACCUCCAUCUGUAGCCCUCGCUCUCAUUUGCUACUGUAUCUCUGGCUAUCUCGAGACUACCAUUCGGUUUCGCGUAAUCUCUCUAGACGGCAUGGAAUUUUUGAAGAAAGCAGCCCAACAGAUGUGCAACUCUUGGUAAAGCUAGCAACGUGCAUUAUUCAUUUCUUGUGUUGCUGAUCGACACGUGACAGUUCAAGGGACAUCUGUCUGCACUCAAGAAUCGGGAAACACCAGCGACUGUUGGAAUUUGCAUCUUCGUUAAAGGUUGAACUGUAGUUAUUUUGAAAUUCAAUCUCCUGACAUCAACAGUGCACUGAAAAUUCGUGGUAUAAGCCACGACAAUGCUCCUACCUCUAAGAACCUCAGUCAUUCUCGAUAAUCGUACAUGUCGUUCGUCGUUGCGUGAAGCAAAAUCGUGCCAUGAAGACAUCACCUUUGAACGGCCCUCUGUGCCACAUCAAUUACUCUGCUGAGACAACCUUCUCACACACUGCCUUCUUCAACACUGCAGCUGAUGACCAGCCGGCAGAGAAGCGCUGUUCCACACCCGCACAAGCGACCCAUGCCCUCAACGCUACCGAGCUCAUCUCGCAGGGCGACCAGCUGUACCGCGGCCACCGCUCGUCCCUGCCAUCAUGUCAUGAGGAAAUCCAAAGUUGCGCGGCGGGACAGGAGACAGCCAUGAAUCAAGAAGACAAUUUCACUGACGAUCACACGAACUGCAAAGAAAAAGACGCCGAUGGAAGAGCCGGAGCCUGUAAACUCAAAGACCGGCCGCCUCACGCCCGACGGUCCACACAGCACACACACGACAUAUCCCCACACACAGGAACGGAAGGUCAAAAUCACUUACUGGACAACGGAGGCAGUAUUGACGGAGAUGAAGAUGAUGACGAUAACGACCUAGAGAUGGCAAUCAAUGAAGACGGAGCUACACAAGACCUGAUCUGCCAGAGCAGUGAAGUCUCCAGCAGAAAUUCCAGCCAAACAAGCGACAGUCAGUGUGACGAAGGGUACGACGAGUGGGAGACGUUCGACCCUUACCUCUUCAUCAAGCACCUGCCUCCCCUCACGCCUGAGAUGCACGCCCGCAACCCUGCGCUGCCGCUCAAGACGCGCAGCUCGCCUGAGUUCACACUCGUGCUUGAUCUCGACGAGACUCUGGUGCACUGCAGCCUGCAGGAGCUGGAGGACGCAAGCCUGAGCUUUCCUGUGGUCUUCCAGGACGUGCAUUACCAAGUCUUCGUCAGGACGCGGCCAUAUUUUAAGGAGUUCUUGGACCGCGUGAGCCGCCUCUACGAAGUUAUCCUCUUCACGGCGAGCAAGAAAGUCUACGCCGACAAGCUCAUGAAUCUGCUCGACCCACACAGGAAGUGGAUCAAGUUUCGACUUUUUCGAGAGCACUGCGUGUGCGUUCAAGGCAAUUACGUCAAAGACCUCACCAUUUUGGGAAGAGAUCUUUCUAAGACCAUAAUAAUUGACAACUCUCCGCAAGCUUUCGGUUACCAGUUAAACAACGGCAUCCCUAUCGAAAGUUGGUUCAUCGACAAAGAAGAUCGAGAGCUGCUGAAGCUACUGCCUUUCCUCGAGUCACUUGUUGGGUCGGAGGAUGUACGGCCGCUCAUAAGACAGCGAUACAAGCUGGAAAGCUCACUGCCGCCUGACUAACUUCAUCUUUUGUUCUGCAUUCCUCUACAGCUUUCGUGGUUAUCAUGACAGUCCUGUACAAGUUUAGCUAGUUGUGCAGGGCCUAUACUUUCAAAAUUCGCUAAGUGAACGUAAGUAUUUA